UUGUUCUGCGAGUAUUUUAUGCUUUUCGUCGAGGUUUUUCAUGGCGACCGCUUUCUUCUUCCUUCUCAUGCCAUUCUUUUUGGUUCCUGCAAGUACCCAUUUGCAAUCUACUGAAGAGGGCUUUAUUUCUACAGUUAUUUCUGAAAAGGGUCUCGAUUUUGCCAAGGAUAUACUGAUAGAGAAGGCAAUUUCCUCUCUAACGCCUCUUUAUUUGCCCCAAAUCGAGAAGACUCUGAAAAUCCCGUUGGUUGGAAAUGUCCAUUUUGGUUUAUCCAAUAUCACAAUUUACAGGGUGGAUGUUCCUUAUUCAUAUGUUAAUCCUGGUGAUACUGGUAUUGCAAUUGUUGCUUCGGGUGCUACUGCGAAUUUGAGUAUGAAUUGGUUUUAUUCCUACAGAGCCUGGUUUGUUACUGUUUCAGAUAAAGGGCAUGCCUCCAUUCAGGUUGAAGGCAUGGAAGUGGGGCUUACUCUAGGCCUGGCAAAUCAGCAAGGAACAUUGAAGCUGUCCCUUAUGGAAUGUGGCUGUUAUGUGAAAGAUAUUGAUAUAACCUUGAAUGGAGGAGCUUCUUGGCUUUAUCAAGGGUUGGUGGAUGCUUUUGAAGGACAAAUAAAGUCCUCAGUGGAAAAUGCUAUUACUAAGAAGAUUAAAGAAGGGAUUCUGAAGCUUGAUUCCUUAUUAAAAUCUCUUCCAAAUGAAGUCCCUGUGAAUGAAAUUGUUGCUUUAAAUGUCACUUUUGUUGAGGAGCCUGUAUUAAGUAAUUCUUCCAUUGGGUUUGAGAUUGAUGGACUAUUUACUGCAGCAGAUAAGGUUGUCAGCUCUGGAAACUACUUUAGGAAUUCACAGCUUUCAGCUUCGUGCAAAGGUCCAGUUAAGAUGCUUGAGAUUUCCUUGGACAAAGACGUAUUUAACUCUGCAUCCAACAUAUACUAUAAUGCAGGAUUAAUGCAAUGGAUUGUGGACAAAGUACCGGAUCAGUCCCUUUUGAAUACUGCUAGCUGGAAAUAUAUUGUUCCUCAACUGUACAAGAUGUACCCAAACGAUGACAUGAAUCUGAAUGUUUCUCUAUCUUCUCCUCCAGUUAUAAGGAGUUCACCUGAUAAUAUUGAUUCUACCAUUUACUCAGACGUGACGAUUGAUGUUUUUGGUGACAAUGAAAUCAUACCAGUUGCAUGUAUCUCAUUGGUAAUUACUGCAUCAGGUUCGGUGGGCAUCUCAGGGAAUAACCUAGUUGGAUCUGUUGAGUUAGUUGACUUCACCAUGUCGUUGAAAUGGAGCAAAAUUGGUAACUUCCACAUGUAUCUGAUUCAGUCAGUGAUGCGCACUCUCCUCAAAACGGUGUUCUUACCAUAUGUCAACUUACAUCUCGGGAGAGGAUUCCCAUUGCCCAUAAUCCGUGGUUUCACUCUUCAAAAUGCCGACAUAUUCUGUGCCAGUUCACAAAUUCUUAUUUGCAGUAAUGUGGUUUUUGCCGAUUCUUAUAAACCCAAACUGCUUCCUUAUGAUCCAACGCAUUCUCUUCUGGAUUUUGGUUUUUGAUAACUUUAGCUUUUCUUUGAAGAUCCUUUCAGUCCUAUUCUUCUGUACGGUUGGGAAAUAGGGAUCUCCUUGUUCCAUAUGAAG